AUGAAUAAAAUUCAACGUUGCCAAAAGAUAAUGCAACUGUAUACCAUUUAUACGUCUCAGACAAGUUCAAUAUUUAUGCGAAACUAUUGUACUAAACAAAUUUCAGACGAAAGUCAGACAAAUAAAAGCGAAGAAAGUGGUGAUGUUGCAGAAGAUAAAGCGAAUAUUUUCCAACAACUACUUCGUGAACAUAUGAAUCCUGAUGAUGCCAAGGAAGCUGUAGCGAUUCCAAAGCGUGCUACAUUUCCUUCGUUACUUCGAUAUUCUAAAUUCAUAGAUCUAGGAGAUCCUGAGGAUAAGGUGAUAGCAGGAAAAAUUUUUCAAAUAAUUGGUGAUGAUUUAUAUAUUGACUUUGGAUGGAAAUUUCAUUGCGUAUGUCCAAAACCUAAAAAAGAUUCAGAAAAAUAUGUUAGGGGAGCAAAAGUGAAAUUAAGAAUUAAGGACUUGGAAUUAUCUACACGGUUCUUAGGAGCAACUUCAGAUUUAACAAUCUUGGAAGCAGACUGUGUUCUUAUAGGUUUAAUAAGCUCUCCAUUAAAAGCUUAAUGAAGCUAGAGUUAUUGUUAUUUUAUGUUACAUAAUAAAAACUCAAAUUAUACAUGAA